UAUCGAUUAUCCUUUUAUAACGUCAUGAGAAGUAUUCACUACAUAGAUGGAGGCAGACGCAUUUCCACCCUAAAUCUGAAGCAAAAAUUUUGACGCAUAGGAUUUUUGUUUUAACUUUAGGAGAGUUUUGAUGGCAUCGCUUCGCCAAAUAUUACCAGCAGGUAGUACCAUUUCACUUGUAGAUGAAGAUGAAAGUUCCUCCUUUACAAAUCUGCUGUCCCAUUUCAAAGACAGUGAAAAUGAACUGCAAAGUAUACUUGAAUCAGAACAAUCAAAUUUAUUUGUUGACGAACAAAUAAGGAAUGACUUAAACUUCUCUCAGUCGGAUCUAAACAGCUUAACGAAUGAAAUCCUAGACAGUGAAGAAUUGUUGCUGGAAUUUGAACAAGUCGAUAUUUCUGAUAUAACUAAUCUUGGGCAAAUUGAUGACGAGUAUAUUGAAACCCUAGGCCCUACAUGCGAAGAAUGUGUGACGUAUGAAACAGUGCAUCUGAUUACAGAGAUCAGUCCUGGAGAUCACAUUAGAUUCCAUAAAAGAAUCGGUGGUGUAAAUGUUUAUAACCACCAUGCAAUUGUUACUAACGUGGAUGCUGAACAUAAUCAAAGAGUCGGCAAAAUGACAUUGAUUCAUUUUCAGAAAGGUACACAAAAUUUUACGGUAUUACGCGAGACGAAAGAAUACGACAUGGGGACGGAGGAGAUUGAAAUUGUGCGGUAUCAGUCACGUCCAUUUACAACUGAGCAGAUCUUGGAAAGGGCAAAUAAAAUGGCCGACAAAUUUGAACACGAUGUACAUGCUGAAUCUUACUAUUUAUUUGGAAAUAACUGUGAAGAAAAAUCAAAUGAAAUUGCGACUGGUUCAAAAUUUAGUAACCAAGUAUCGUCAUUUUCGAAUAACGUGAAAUAUACAAUGUCGUGGUUAUUAAAGCUAUUCCUUAAAGGUGCAAUAAAAUUUUGUCAAGGAAUACAACCAAUCAUAAGAGGAUUUGCUCAUAUAACUGUUAUAGCUUGCUGACUCUCCAUGGUCGACAGAC